AUGACCACCAAGCCCAAGCCCGGAGCUGAGCUCACAGAGGACAUCAACUUUAUCAAGACCCCUGCCGCCCAGCCCUCCAAGUUCGAGACUGGCGAGGACUGCGGCGUCCCGACCUCCAGCUCUCCCGCAAUCAACAACCCUCCCCUGCCCGCCGAAGGAUCCGGAAACGAGAGCUUUAACAACUAUGCCCUCCUCGCUGUCAUCUUCGGCAUCCCCCUCUACCUGACGUGGAAGCUCGGCGGUGGUCUCAAGACCUUCCUCUUCCUGGCCGUCGUCUUCUUCUUCCCUCUCCUGAUCGUCAUCUGGUACAUCGCGUCCAACUUCAGCCCCCGCACCAAUGACAAGGCCAAGCUGCCGAACCGGCCCGUCGAGUUCUACAUCACCUUCAAGAAGGAGAGCGACCGCCAGAAGUGGAGCGGCAGGAACAAGAUCCCCAUGAAGACCUUCUACGAGAUGUACUUUGACGGUGACGUCGACUUUAAUGGCGACUGCCUCGACAUUAUGGAGUACCGCCACGACUGGGCCACCUUCAACUUCACCGUCGACGUCUUCAAGUUUAUCCUGUUCAACUUCUUCAUGGACAUCAUCUUCCACACCCGCGCUCAAGAUGAGGAGCAGAUCCGCCCCAACUACGACCGCGGUAACGACCACUACGCUUGGUUCCUCGGCCCCCGCAUGAUCUACACCUCCGGCGUCAUCUCCGACAUCACCCGCGAGGAGACGCUCGAGGAGAUGCAGGACAACAAGAUGGCCAUCGUCUGCGAGAAGAUCGGCCUCCGCGAGGGCGAUCGCAUGCUCGACAUCGGCUGCGGCUGGGGCACCCUCGCCCGCUUCGCCAGCGUCAACUUCGGCGCCAAGGUCACCGGCUGCACCCUGGCCCGCAACCAGGCCGCCUGGGGCAACGACGCGCUGCGCAAGGCCGGCAUCCCCGAGGAGCAGAGCAACAUGCUGUGCAUGGACUACCGCGACAUCCCCUUCCAGAAGUUCGACAAGAUCACCCAGCUCGAGAUGGCCGAGCACGUCGGCAUCAAGCGGCUCACCGGCUUCUUCCGCCAGUGCUACGACAUGCUCGAGGACGACGGCUCCAUGUACGUCCAGCUCUCCGGCCUGCGCCGCGCCUGGCAGUACGAGGACUUCAUCUGGGGCACCUUCCUGAACAAGUACAUCUUCCCCGGCGCCGACGCCUCCACCCCGCUCAGCUUCUACGUGAGCUGCCUCGAGUCUGCUGGCUUCGAGGUCAAGAGCAUCGACACCGUCGGCGUCCACUACUCCGGCACCAUCUGGAGGUGGUACAGGAACUGGCUGGGCAACGCCGAGGAGAUCAAGGCCAAGUACGGUGUCCGCUGGUUCCGGAUCUGGGAGCUCUUCCUGGCCUGGUCCAGCAUUGCCUCCCGCCAGGGCAGCGCCACCUGCUUCCAGUUUGUCGUCGUCAAGAACCUCAACGCCACCCACCGCAUCGAGGGCGUCCCCUCGCAGUACGGCCUCCACGGCGCUCUGGCCGCCGCUCGCGCCAAGGGCAAGGCUUCCUUCCCCAAGAACUAA